CAGCGUUGUCCACGUCAAAAUGGCGCAGGUAGAACGUAGGAAGGGCCGCAAGAAGCGAGAAAAAGAUGCUGAGCUGGCAGUUGGCGAGAAGCCGGCUAAAGUGGAGUAUGAUGUGGCUCGCUACCUCAGGGAAAAACUGCCCAUCAAGAAGACCACCCUGCUGAGUCACAAAGUUGAGUACUUCAAUGCUGCCAAAGCUGUGGACUGCCUCCUGGACUCUCCCUGGGCCACAGGGAAGCCUAAGGUGGAACAGCUGUUCACCACAAGAGAGUCUGUCGUGGAGUUUAUGGACACGCUGAUACAGCACAAGUUUUUCCACCGGGCCAAGAAGAUCAUUGUGACCAAGCCCAAGAAGAAGAAGGACGACGAUGACACAGGAGGUGGCACGCCCAAAGCCACCAAGGAGAAAAAGAAAAAGGACGAAGUGGAUGGCUCUGCCUCCAAGGAAGGAGCUGAAGAGAAAAAGGAGGUGGAAGAGAUCAAGAAGAAGCUCAAGUUGGACAUGCAUUUGGACCAGUAUUUUGUGGAUGCCAACGAGCCGUACGUGUGGAUAUAUGAUCCAGUGCCACUGAGAACAUGGAUUAUUGGGACAUUACUUGUGGUGGGAGCUGUGGCUGUGUGCCUGUUCCCCCUGUGGCCACGGACAGUGCGGGACUACGUCUACUACCUUAGCAUAGCCACUGCCUUCCUUCUGGGCAUCAUCAUCUCCCUUGCUUUCUUCCGUCAAGUGCUGUUUGUGAUCAUCUGGGCGUGCACGCUCGGCCGGCACCACUUCUGGCUGCUGCCCAACCUGACUGAGGAUGUGGGCUUCGUCGAGUCCUUCUGGCCCAUCUACCAGUAUGAAUACAAGGGUCCUGGCAGCAAAGACAGCAAAGCAAAAGACAGCAAAGCCAAGAAGAAGAAACAGGAUGACGAUGACGGUGGUGACGCCACCGGCAAAGGGGACCACUCGGCAAGCGAGGACUCUGAGGAGAAGCGGUCCUCAGAACACAACAGUGGGCAGGGGGACAGCAAUGGCUUCGAGCUCGUCGACAGUCCUGUCGAAGAUGAAGGUGGCAAGGAGAAGAUGUCUUGAUGUGGUGGAAGCCACCCUGCUGGCUGGGUGGGCUGGAAUGGGGACGGAAGGGGGGACAGCGUCGACACGAAAAGCUCGAAAGGUUCGCCAUGACAGCAGGCUCAUAUUGUCUGUGGACAAUGAAAUGCUCCGCUCAGCUGCACUGACGCACACUGUACCGCAUAUGCUUGUGUCCUUCUGGACCUUGUGUCCUUGAAUUUUGAUACCUGAAAUUCACUGAAAGAAGGAAAGUGAGCAGUUGUUCUUCUGUGGCAUUACAGGUCUCCGUGAUCGUAACACUACGAGGUAGUUCUGCUAGUUUGUUUCUUCCUCUUCUUGUUUACAACUGCAGGCAGUUCGGGGGAAGGCAGUUAUGUUGUGAAGGCACCUGUGAAGUUUCUAAUGAAACAGAGUUGCUCUGGUUGGCAUUGUAAGGGUUAUUGUGGAACAUGGAUUUGCUAGUGCUUUCCACUCAUGCUGCUAAAUUUCCUUUUGCGGCAGCAAGCGCUCCAAACAUGAGCCGUGCCCUGAUCUGUAGCUACGGUACUGGUAUCAUUAAGUUGAACAGUAUGCUAGUGUUAACGGUUUUACAGUUUUGUCAUCGAUAACCUGGUUUCGUGCACCCUUAGCAUAAAUUUUUCCUGGAAGCACCCUUUUACCAAACGUAAGUGCCACUGGUGACAUGUUCAUGUCUGUGCCACUCGUCUCUUAACUCAAGAAUGUGUGAGCCAUACUUCUGUGGUAUUCAACAGCAGCACAAUAAUAAACAGUGCCCGAUUUGAGCAUCAGUUUUGUUGAGCUCCUUUUGACUUUUAAUGCGGUGACCAUGGUGGGCAUUUCUUGCAAGCUCUUUGAAGAAACACCCCCUUCACUUUUUGUGUGCAUUGUGAAUAUUUUGAGUAGCAGCUAGUGAAACUUCCUCUGAGUAACAUGGGUGUCAAAAUGCUGAGAGUCUAUUCUGUACAUGUUUGAUAUUUUAAGGCCAUACAAAACUAGAAUUCUGGUCCUCUUGUGCUGGCACGUGCGGUAUGGAAGAUGUGGCGAUAAAGGUGGCUUUCGUGGUGGUUGCACUGGCCCCUGGUAUGAGCUUUAACACCAUUUUUGGUUUCCUCACCCGACCUUUGUACGUCUCUUCUUUCUUCUUCUUCUUUUUGUAUCGUGUGCCCUUGUGGUGGAAAGCAGCAUUUUGUAGGGGUUUAUUUCAAGUUGCCGAUGUUUGCCCUGUAUGACAAUCUACGAUGGCUUGGUCACCAAGAACAAAGUCACAAAACCUUUUCUUCCUGUCAGGGCAACAAAAAAGCACAUUUGAAGCACUGCAAUGUUCCUUACAUUUAGAUAUUUUGUGGUCUUAAACUCAUUUGAAACAUAGCUACUGUCACUAGACUGUAGCUCCAAAUAACUUUAUUUUUUCCAAUUUUCAUUUUUCACUUUGGGUCUUAAUGUAAAUGCAAGUGUACCUUGUAACCUGGUUUGUUUAUUAUCAAAAACCAGAUGAAAUAGGUUCAAUGAAUGUGAGCAGCCGUUCCAUUUCCGGCCUGUUAUCAUGAGGUCAUGUCGAGAAAUACACUCCCUAAGUCAUUGCACGUUUGUCACCUCUGCCACUGUGCUUGCAUAGUGGCUGGUGGUGACAUCCAUCUCUUACAUUGUUCUUGCACCAGCUUCUGUCGGCUGUGGUUGCAGAGGAAUUUCCAGGUGAAAUGUGAGAGAAGAACCUGAGUAGACAUUUCGAGUUUUGUGCUGGUUGAACAAGAACUGGGGGCGCUUAGAGAUUUGCUUUUACCUCGCAUCUUUGAAAUUUCUACAUGCAUGAAAACAUUCUGAACAAUGUUUGAAGCGCGAUUUCUCUUUUUUCUCGCUUCUAAUCUGGGACCUUAGCAACAUUGCGCACCUGACCUUUUGGACAGUUAUGGAGCUCGAACGCUAUUGCUUUCAAUCAGUAGUGCUCAUGCGAAACAAUGCUACAGAGGGAGAAACUGCUUUUUUUCUUAAUUACUUGUACUGUAAUCCUUUUCUCUGCUUUGCUUGUUGGCUGCAGGUCUGCAUUUGUCUGCCUGGACUCGCACAGGUGGUUGCUGUUCCUUUGUAUUGCACAUAAGUUAUCUUCUUUCUUUUUUUUUUAAUAUUACCUUGCUGAUGUGCACUAAUUUAGCCUCAUGAAUUCCGGCAGCUUGCAGGCAUAAAUGAUGGCACAUAUUUACAGCUAAUACAAGCUCUCUUGUGAUCUGUUGUGUCCAAGCGUUGACACCCGCUCCACUGUGGUGCUAGGCUUUGCGCCUAUUCAACAUUGGUUACUGAAAUACAAUUGUGACUGCUCUUUCGACCUCUACGCUUAUUGUCAUUAAAAAAAGCACUGAGAAGAACUUUUGUAAGAACAAGCAUUUCCGUUUUGUCCUGCGGUGCAUGUUUCAGGCUUUAAGCAGAACCGUACACCUACUACGUACCGGAGCCAGUCUUUUCACUGCCUCACUACUGCCAACUUGCAAUUUCUUGCGACUCUUGCAUGCUUGUGUUUGAGUCGCCUUGUUGCACAUCAGCAAAUUCAUUCUUCAACGUCCUUUAAAGAUUGUUAAUGUUGUAUUAAAAAGGGUUUCCAGGAGGUGCAAUGCGUACUAUCAUGGGCUGGAUUGGGCUAUUUGUUGUGUUCUGCAGUGGAUGUGUUGUGCAGCUUAGACUUCAUUGAUUGUGGUGUAGUCAUUUUCUGUGCAGUGGAUACUAUGAUACCUUUUAGCAAGUAUGUUUCUGAAAUUAUGUAUGUACGUAUUCAGUGAAAUCUUGUUUGGUUACGUUAUCGUUCUGUGUCGUCACACUUGGACACUAACACAAUUAAAAGAAGUUAAAGAACUAAUCACAGUCACUUGCUGCAGCCUGGCUCUUGUAAAACCAUGACUAUAGAUAUUCUGAUAGCAUUGUCUAUUUUCUGGAAAAAAUUAUCUUGCCACUCGUUUGCAGUGGACUAGAAUUACAUGGGCAUUUGAUGAGCCUUUUCUUUUUGCAUCCGUAGCAUCUGUUCUCAUUUGAACUUGGUGGUGUCUUCAAUAUGCUGGUGAUAUAUAUAGCACAAAUUGAUGCACCCAGUAUUUUAACAUCUCUUUUUCAGCCACUAAGUGUUUACAAAGCCAGAGAAAGAGGCCAGCCUCUUGCGCAAUGUGUGUAGGCUGGUGGUGUGCCCCGAGAAAAAAAAAAAUGGCACAGAAUGUCCUGUGUUUUUAUUUCACUCCCUGGGCAUUCUCUUUACACAUUCACCAUGGCAAGUCACUUUCUAAGCCUCGGAGCACUGGCAUUAAGGAGCAAAGACGUGUCGAGCGUAAUGUAUACUUGAAUAAAAUGUGUACAUAUACAUGUUCA